GCCGGACACUGUCAGUGGCGCCUUUACCUCUUGCUCCCCGCUUGGUUCUGCCAGGAGGUAAGGCAAGAAGAAAGUGGAGAGACCCCGUGCGCCGCCGGCUGCGAGCCAGGACGGACAGCUCUGAAGCCAUGGAGUAAUCUUGAAAAUGGGUUCUAACCCAUGUUUGGUCAAAUUCCAAGAGGCCCAUUGGGCAUGCACAGGAGCCUCCAAAAUGGCCGCUACCACGGAGGGCAGGACCCUAACGGGCUGAAGACCUCCUGAACCAGGUGAUUUGGAUAGUAAUGGAGGCCAGUGGGGUAGAGGGGGAACCUCUGGAGACCCCUCUUCAGCCUCGGAAAAGCCCCACGGAGCAGCAGCGGUUUUUUCCUGCCCCUUGAGUUUCCAGGAGAAUGAGUCAGCAGGAUGGGGAGCAGGGCAAUCUGGCUCAUUCCCUCUUUGACACCUUUCUCCAUGCCAAAAAGUGCAAAGAAGUGCUGUACAGUUUUGAGGCGCUAUGCAAACAUCUGGGCCUGGAGCAUACUGGCCAGCUCCAGUUCUACCACCAACUCAAGUCUUGCCUCAACUACUGGAGUGCCAAGGCUCUGUGGACUAAGCUGGACAAGAAGGCCGGUCACAGAGACUAUGAUCAGGGGACUGCAUGUGCCAACACCAAGUGCCUGAUAAUUGGGGCAGGCCCCUGUGGUCUCCGCUCAGCCAUUGAGCUGGCCUUCCUUGGAGCCCAUGUGGUGGUGGUGGAGAAGAGAGACGCCUUUUCCCGGAACAAUGUGCUGCACCUUUGGCCUUUUACCAUCCAGGACUUGCGGGCGCUGGGAGCCAAGAAAUUUUAUGGCCAUUUCUGCACGGGCUCUUUGGAUCACAUCAGUAUCCGUCAGCUGCAGCUGAUUCUGCUGAAAGUCGCUUUAAUCUUGGGCGUCCAGAUUCACAUCAAUGUGCAGUUUAAGGGACUUGUUCCACCGGAAGCACAGUCAGAUGGACAGGUCAGUGGUUGGAGGGCUGUGCUGCAACCUGGCUCCUCUCCCUUGAACCAGUAUGAAUUUGAUGUCCUCAUCUCUGCAGGAGGUGGCAGAUUUGUGCCAGAAGGUUUUAAGCGGAAGGAGACCCGUGGGAAACUGGCCAUUGGCAUCACCACUAACUUCGUUAAUCACCACAGCAGGGCUGAGGUAGAAGUGGCCGAGAUCAGUGGAGUAGCUCGCAUCUACAACCAGAAAUUCUUCCAAAACCUCUAUAAUAAAACAGGUAUUGACUUGGAAAACAUUGUCUACUAUAAAGACGACACUCACUACUUCGUCAUGACAGCCAAGAAGCAGAGCCUGCUAAAGAAGGGAGUUAUCUUAAAUGACAAGUUGGACAUAGAGAGCCUGCUGUCUCCAGAGAAUGUCAACCAGGAAGCUCUUCUCACCUAUGCCAAGGAAGCUGCCAACUUCUCCACCAACUACAAGCUGCCCAAUUUGCAGUUUGCUCUCAACCAUCACGACCUCCCAGAUGUCGACAUGUUUGACUUCACCUGCAUGAGCCGCUCAGACAAUGCAGCCCUGGUGCGUGACUGCAAUGGCUUCAAACUGCUCAUAGGGCUGGUGGGGGACUGCCUGGUGGAGCCAUUCUGGCCCUUGGGCACUGGUGUGGGCAGAGGAUUCCUAGCAGCUUUUGAUGCUGCCUGGAUGGUCAAGAGAUGGGGCUCAGGGACGCCCGCUCUGGAUGUGCUGGCUGAGAGAGAGAGCAUAUACCAGCAGCUGUCUCAGACUUCACCUGACAACACCAACAAGAACAUCAAUCAGUACAGCAUUGACCCCACCACACGAUACCCAAACAUCAACCUUCAAGCCAUCAAGGCUUCUCAGGUUCGCAACCUGUAUGUGAUGGGAGCCAUUGAAAUGGACCAGAAGAAAAGCCGGGCCAGCCCAGAACCAGUUUGCACAGACUCCAACAGAGCCUAUGAGGAGCUCCUUAGCUGGUGUCAGGCAAGCACAGCAAGUUAUGACGGCAUCAAGGUAGUAGACUUCACAAAUUCCUGGAAAAGUGGUCUGGCCCUGUGCGCCCUCAUACAUCACUUCCGACCAGAUCUUCUGGACUUGGACUCACUGAACCAGAAUGACCCUAUUAGGAACCACCAGUUGGCCUUGGAUGUGGCUGAGCAGGAGCUCGGAAUCCCUCCUGUCCUCUCCAGCACUGAAAUGGCUUCAGUGUCUGAGCCAGAUCGGCUUGGCCUCAUCACGUACCUGAGUCAGUUUUAUGAUGCCUUCAAGACCUCUCCAGAACCAGAGGAGAAAACUGAAAAACUGCUAUCAUCGCGUGGCACUAAGGGAGCUAUCCUCUUUCUCAGCAAGCUUCAGAAAAGUCUGUCUCUCUCACGUAAACGGACCCUGGAGAGCACCACAGAGGAUUCCGAAACCAAGAGGACAAAGCAAGCAGCUGGGGGUUCCCCCAUCAGCCCUGUGAGGAGCAGCGAUGCCUGCUAUUUCUGUGGCGAGCGUGUGUAUAUCCUUGAGCGCGUUAGUGCUGAGGGGCAUUUCUUCCAUCGAGGCUGUUUCAAGUGUCAUCGCUGUAAGACAACACUGCGGCUGGGGGAUUACGCCUUCAAUGAAGAGGAUGGACAUUUCUAUUGCAUGCUGCACUGUUCAGCUGCCACAGACAUGACUGCACCCAGCAGCAGAACCCGUAUCAAAGCAGAACAAAAGGAUUCCUCCCAGCAACACAUUCCUUUGGAAAAAGGCACUCGAGAUUUGGCUGAUGUGGACAGGAUGGAAACAGAUUCAUACAAAGAGAGGCUGGAUGAGGACCCAACUUCCUUCACAGUUCAGCCGCCAGCAGGGCAACCUGCAGAACUUCAGAAAUUAGCUGGGGAAGGCUCCAUGCUAUUCCCAUCUGGAGAAAAUGGAGACUCCCGCUUUGUAAACUCAUCGCAGCAUCCAUAUCACCAUCCCUCUGUUGUGGGAGAUGAAGAAAGAUCAAAUGGGAGCAGGGCCCAUCCUAAGAAGACUAGUUCUGGCCUAAGAAAGUGGACUGACAGCCGGUCUCAGGAAGAGACACCUGGGAAGCUGGAGCUGCAAGGAGCUGGUGUAGGUUCUGUAGCUCCUCGAAGGCUGCCAACCACCCCAAAUCCCAAGCUAGAGCAGGGGGGAAGUGAAAACCUACAGAAGAAGAAGAUUUGCCUGUCAAGCCUGGAAAAGCUUGAACUGUCCAGGCUGAGUCCUACUUCAGUCUCAUUUCGUUUUCCAGAUAUGUGGGAGGCUCAUGCAGAAGAAUCCAGCUUCAGCAAGGAGUCAGAAGAUUCUCUGGAAAUUUACAGUGACAGUGAAGAGGAGGAGGAGGAUGAAGAAGAAGCAGAGAGCCAAGACCUUCCAGUAGAUAUUCAUUUCCUGAGUUUGAUUGAAGAUGAGAAAUGUCCGACUUGGAAAAAGACAUUGAUGCGCCGAGCCAAAGAGGCACAAAUGAAAAGAUUUUGCAAAGCUCAGUCAAUCCAGAGGCGCCUAGAAGAAAUUGAAGUGACUUUCCGAGAGCUGGAAAAACAGGGCAUAAAGCUGGAGCGAUCCUUGCGGGAAGAGGGAGGAACAGAAUCUGAAUUUAAGAAACAAUGGCUAAACCAGUUGCUCUACCUGGUCCAAAGGAAGAACAGCCUGAUGUGUGAGGAAUCCGACCUCAUGAUUGCUGUACAAGAGCUGAAGCUAGAGGAGCAGCAGUACCAGCUGGAUCAAGCGCUGCGGCAAUACUAUAACAUGGAUGACUUCUUGAAAACUCCUGAGGACCGACAGGCAGAGAAGAAGAUCCUGUCCCAGCUGCUGGACGUUGUGAACCAGCGCAGCGCCCUGAUUGAAAUGCAGGAGAAUAAGCGUCUCAGUGAGCUCUGUGAGCAUGCUCCACCAGUGGGGAACCUGUGGAAAGCUUGAGGGUUAGCUGGACUGAAGCCUGCUGAGACGGGAGCAUUCAUUGUGCUCAGAAGUUCCAUUUUAGUACAGGCAUCUAGCGGGCCACUGUGUGAAACAGGAUGCUGGACUAGGUAGGCCUUGGGCCUAAUCUAGCAGGGCUCUUCUUACGUUCUUAAGAGAGGCUGAUGACUUUUGAGCAAAAAACUCUCUAAACUCAGCAAUACAUUCCCAGCCAGAGAGAUGGCAGGAUCACACAGAUACUGCUCAAAAUGACACUGAAGCCCAAGUUGAUGCAACACCUCUCAGCAGCAUAGAGCAGCAGGUAUUUCUGCCAAUUUAUUUAUGAUUGAUAACCAGCCCAGAUCACCUUGAGAGGGCUGGCUCUGCUUGAGGUAGGGCCUAUGCACAAGAGCUGGGUUUUGGUUUUUUUGGCAGGGUAUUCUCUUUCUGCCUCCCUGUAAGUUAUCACUUGACAACUGCUCUCAGAAGUUGGAAUGAGCCUGACCUUGACAUGACUCCAGCAGUUAAGAAGCAGUAAGGAAGGACUUGUGGUAAAUUCUUCUUAUGACCAAUAAGAAGUGUUUCAUCUUAAGAUCAUAACCAUUGUAAUGAAGCGUUUGAAGUACAAAACAAUGUACAGAAGUUACUUGUGGGAAAGAGGUCCGAUAGCUAUCUGCAAACCCUGCUGUGGUACAGGGCCCUGCUCUUUCAUGCCAUUGCAGGGGUUGCAAUGAUUGCUCCUCCCAUGUAUUACUAAGACAUUUGAGUAUACACCUUUUGGGAAAGAUAGCAAGGCUCUUUUGUGCAAGUGGGCAGUGCAUCUCCCAAAUGCAUAGUUGUCUUUGUGCCAGUCCCUUUUCAGCGGCAACAGAGCAAUAUUUUUUCUGCCAGUUGUUGAUCUGGGAGAGGGAGAACUUUGCUAUGCAAGGUUGCCUGCCCCUCCACCCUGGUAAGCUAGGUAGCCCAAGCUUACCUAGAUGUAUAUUGUAGCAGAGAUGGGGGAAAUAUAGAGAUGCUAAAUAAUGUAAUAUAUAAAAAUAACAACAGUAUUAUUAAAUAAUUCAGGAUAAUUGCUGGGGACAAUGUAAAACCAGCUAGAUAAGCACUCCAUGCUGGAGUUGUAGAGCCGGGGUGUACAGUACGUAGCCUCCCACAAAUUAGGAUAAAGGAAGAAUUAGGAUCCCAUCACAGUAAAUAUCAAGUUAGUCUGUGCUACUCCCACAUAUUUUACACUGUACUCACAAGGUGCAAUUGAUGCUGUAAUUCUCAGCAGUAAAACCACCCUGGUAUGAUUUGAAGGCACAAUCCCUGUAACAGAAGCACAGCCUUGAGAGAUUUGUGAACUGUGCAUAACAUAAGUGCAUUUACUACACAGUAAGCUGAUUCUGCAGAAGAGCCUUAGAAUUGCUGUUCGUGUGCAACAUAACAAGUUAGGGCAUUGCUAAGUCUAAUUAGUACAAACCACUGUUUUUCUACAGGCUUUUCUGCAGCUUCAAUAAAUAUGCAUGGUAUGAACUGUGAGGUCUAGUUUGUCUUUUCUUAACAAAGUUAAAUUUUACAACAGAAGAAAAAUCCCAUAUAUCUUUUAUGGGCCUCUCUUGGCCUCUGACAAAGUUGCAAGAAGGAACAGACCAUGUCUACCGAUCUUCCCAAAACGAAAGGAGAAUAGCCUUGAAGCAGUUCUUCUAGACUGCUUGGUAUCAUAUGGAAGCUUCUCUGAGCACUUCUGGAGAAGAGGAGAGCAUAAGCUUAGUAACUCAAAAUAUGUCUCUUGGCAUGCAAGAAAAAUGCUGUUCGAGGCAAAGCAUGAUUGUCAAAUGUUUUCAGAGACUGAUGUGUAGGCUAGAGAUUAUUUACAUGCAGAUGUUUCUCUCAAUGGAACUAGACUUACCAGCUAGUUAGAAGCUAGUGCAGGUGUCUGAACUUUACCACACUGCAUUUCUAAUGCUGGCUGGCAAUUACUUUUGUCUGUGGGAGGGGGCGGGGGGUGGGGAGAAAUGAGGAGAGAGGAAGAUUUGUCUUUCUGACAUGCUCUGGCCUCCCCCAUGCCCUGUGAGAAAGCAGGAAACAAAAGAAAAGAGGAGAGUUGGUCUUGUGGUCAGUGUUCCCUGUAAUAAGAAUUCCCAGAUGUUGUAGACUACAACUACCAGCAUCCUCUGCUGCAAUGGCCUUUGGCUGGGGAUCAUGGGUGUUGUAGCCACCAACAUCUGGGAAUCCUGUUAUAGAAAGCCCUGCUUGUGGUAGCAAGCAUGAAUUGUCCAAUUUGCUAAGCAGGGUCUGCCCUAGUUUACAUCUGAAUGGGAGACUACCUGUGAACACUAUAAGAUAUUCCCCUUAGGGGAAAGAGCACCUGCAUGCUUGCAUGCAGAAGGUUCCAAGUUCCCUCCCUGGCAUCUCCAGACAGGGCUGAGAUGGACUCCUGCCUGCAACCUUAGAGAAGCUGCUGCCAGUCUCAAUAGACAAUACUGAGCUAGAUGGACCAAUGGUCUGGCUGGAUAUAAGGCAGCUUCCUAUAUUAAAAGACUGAUAUAUGUCAACAAGAGUAGGAUUUCACUUCCCACACACACAGCUCUCCAUUUCAUACUUUCCUUCCAAGAAAUUAGGGGGGCCAUAUUUAGCCCACAGGCUGCCAACUCCAACUAGAGAGAGCCACUGUGACCCAGUGAGGGAUAGGAAAAGAUUCACAGGUGCAUACCAGGCUAAUAAGAUCUGUUCCCUGGUGAUCAGACAUGUAGCAUACACUGAAUCCAUACAGCAAGUAUUAGUAAUGCCUAGCUUUGUGGAGGCUCAAGUAUACUUUAGGGGCAAAGUACCUAGUUUGCAUGCAUAAGAUCUCAUGUUCAGUCUCUGGCCUCUCCAGUUAAAGAAUCUCAGCAGGUAACAGGGCUAAGAAAAUUCCCUUCCUGAGACCUUGGAGAGCUGCCACCAACAGACCGUACUGGGCUAAAUGGACUAAUGCUCUAUAUGCUGCCAAGAAGGCACCAUGGGUUUAGUAUGCAUGUAAAGUAGUAAGUAAUGUCAUCAUUGUGCUAGUCUUUCUAUGUAACUCCAGCAGCACCUGAUGAUGUAAGGAGAGAUCAAUUAGUUGAGUCUAACUAGCAAUCAGUUUGUAGAAGGUCAUUUAAACAGGUCUGCCUCAGCCAGCCGGCCUAUCUUAUACUGGUGCUUCCUUUGCCUUUUGUAUUUCCCCUCCUCCCUGCUAAUGGACAGAACUGGCAAAAAAGGGUCUCUCCAAGAAAGAGAUUUUGGUUUCAUCUGGGUUCAAAGCCUGGAUUCAUCGUCUUUUUACUUUUAUCUACCUGAAAGAACUCCUCUCCAAUUCCACAAACUUUACUAAAAACUUCAUAAAGCCAUACCUUUAAUGUGCAAAUUAUUUGCAUGUUGGAAGACAAUAAAAUCAGUUAAACCUUUGCUAGAUGUUUGCUUGCUUGAGUUAAAGUUAUGUGAAAUGGUCUGAUGUUCAGAAUAUGCUGAAAUUUGUAUAAGGCAUCUUCAUAUAUUCGUGGUGCCAAAUGCCAUCUCAAUUAUAAAUCCAUCCUUCAACCUCAGUUCAUCCUCCACGAAAUGGAAACCACCACUACCUUAAGGACCACCUUUGCCCAUAUCGGCCUACUUGACCUCCAAGUUUGGUUCUACAGAUCCUGAAACACUGUUCCCUCUAAGGCGUGCACACAUGCGCACGCUCACAAGUUUUCUGAUGUCCACUCAGUUAAUUUUAGAUCCCGCUCCGGUUGAAUUAGUAAGGCCCCACUCUGAAUACAUGUGCGCACACAGUGCCUUGAUACUGCUGCCCAGAACAAAACUAAUUCUGCACAGAGAUGAAAAAAAAUUAGAGGGAUCACUGUCCUGAAAUUUGGCCUGCCACGAUUGUUGGGUACCAAAGACAGGGCUUUCUUGUGGUGGCUCCACAACUGUGAAUUUCCCUCUUGGGAAGACCUGCCAAAUCCCCAUGCACUCUGCUGUUAAAGUGGACCUUUAACAAAAUUCACAGUGCAUAAGGCUUUUAAUAAUUGAUUUUGUGCUAUUGCUUUGAUGCUAUUUUUUUAUUUUGUACUUUAAUAUUUUUGUGGGUUAUUCCCACUUUUAAAUGUAUGCUGCUUUGUAAAAUUGUAUUUUAAAACUGAGAUAUGAACAAACCAACAAUGAUAUCCUUGCAGCACUUGUGAAGUACAACAAAGAUUAUAAAGUACACUGUACAUUAAAAUACCACAUAAAUGAUAA